GUCACGUGACUGCUGCCAACAGCUGUCAGUGAUUGAAGCAUAAAGUUCGGCUUGUUCCUCUUAGCGUGGAAUCCCUUUAAAAGUACAGAUAACCUCAUCCGAAUUUGUUCACUACUUUCACAUCGCCGGUCGUCCCACAGACUGCGGCCAAUGGAGGAGCAGCAGCUCCUCGAGUCGGCUAAAGACGGGAGUCGCUUUCAUGUUCAGAGGCUCCUUCAGUCGAGGAUCGAACAAAACACUUCUCUCAACAUCAACUGUCGCUCAAAGUCCAAAGGCACGCCGGGAUGGACGCCUCUUCACAUGGCAUGUUACCAUGGAAACACGGAUGUUGUGGAGGCGCUACUAAAGGCAGGUGCAGAUGUGAAUGUACAAGAUAACAUGGGUGAUACACCUCUACAUAAAGCAUCCGACACAGGAAGAAAGGAGAUAGUUCUGUUGCUCCUGCGUUACGAUGCCUUUGCCAGCGUAAUCAAUGGAACUGGACAGAUCCCAAAGGAUGUCACAGAUGAUGAUGAAAUAAUUACCAUGCUGGAGGCUGCGGAGAGAAGAGAGGCGAGGAGACAGGAGGAGAGACUUCUGGAAGCUGCCAGAGAGGGGGACGUCUCCGCUCUGUCCAAGCUGCUCAGUGGAAAGGAAGCCGUGAACGUUCACUGCAAGGAUUCGGUGGGGAACACGCCCUUACACUGUGCUGCCUAUAGAGGGCACAAGCAGUGCAUAAUACAACUGCUCAAAUGUGGUGCCUGCCCCACUGUCAAAAAUAACAAAGAGCAGACAUCGUUGGACCUAGUACGCACUGAUGAGCUCAAGCAGAUCCUAACUGCCCAUCAAGACAAGGAUGGAAGCAGCCGAGUGAAGAAGAUUGAAGGCCCACUCUGGAAGAGUUCACGCUUUCUUGGAUGGCGUCUCAACUGGGUGGUAAUUGAGGACGGAACCGUCUCCUGGUACCACAGACAGGCUGAAUCAGUGGCUGGUGUAAGAAAACAGGGCUGGAAAUCUUUAGCAAAAGCUUACUGCAUGGUCAAACCAUGGGAUCAUUGCUUCUUCAUGCUCAGGUGUGCUGAUGAUUCUGCGCUCUGUUUUAAGGUGCCCUCAAAGAUGGACUCUGUUGCAACAAGAAAAAUGUGGUUGGAUGCUUUUGAAGCGCAUUCGUCUUACAGCACUCAAAACUGCACCCAGCAAGAAUUGAUAGAACAUGCGGACACAGAGGGGGGCGACUUUGCAACCAGCAACAUAACUCAAGCUGUGCAAGCCGCCAGUGCAUGCCAGCAGAAACUGGAGAGUGAGGUGUCCAUUUUCCAAUCUAUGGUGAAGAAUGAGAAUUGUGACCUGGCUGCAUCUCUUCUACUGAAAGCUAAAGAGACCAGCGAGCUCUCCAGUGAAACAAGUGCUGCUCUCCAGCUCUGCCUUCAGUUGUUGUCCAGUCAAGAGGAGGUUUGGACCCUGAAGUUGGAGCAGGAAGUGGAGAAGAACAAAGCUCUGACAGAGGCGCUGCAGACCAUAGCGACUGAGCACCACAAGCUCAAGCAGUCUCUGUGCAGGAGCAGGAGGUCAUCCACUCUGAGCACACUCACUGAAGAUGAAUUCUAUGAUGCUUUGUCAGAGUCAGAGUCUGAGCUGUCUGUGAGCGGCUUUCUGUCGGUGGCCAGCAACUCCUGCGAAGAGGACGAGGGGAGCGACGCCCCCCUUCUCAGCAGCCUCUGCCAUCCCAGCACACUCAGGGGGGCUGCCAGAAUGUCAGGGGAGGGUAACCAAGGCAACCAGAACAAUGCCGCCAAGAAGCACAGAACUUCUCUGCCGGCUCCCAUGUUUCCCCGAAAUGACGUCAGCAUCUGGAGCAUCUUGAAAAAGUGCAUUGGCAUGGAGCUGUCCAAGAUCGCCAUGCCGGUGAUAUUUAACGAGCCCCUGAGCUUCCUCCAGCGAAUAACGGAGUACAUGGAGCACACUUACCUCAUCCACCAAGCCAAUGCCACCACAGACUCUGUCGAAAGGAUGAAGUGUGUUGCAGCAUUUGCUGUGUCAGCUGUAGCAUCACAGUGGGAAAGGACCGGGAAACCCUUCAACCCUCUACUGGGUGAGACGUACGAGCUCAUCAGAGACGACUUGGGCUUCAGGUGGGUAUCGGAGCAAGUGAGCCACCACCCUCCUGUCAGUGCCUUCCAUGCCGAGGGCCUCAAGGAGGAUUUCGUCUUCCACGGCUCCAUCUACCCUAAACUCAAGUUUUGGGGUAAGAGCAUAGAAGCAGAGCCCAAAGGAAUCAUCACACUGGAGCUUCCCAAGUACAAUGAAGCCUACACCUGGACUAACCCCAUCUGCUGCGUACACAACAUCAUCGUGGGCCAGCUUUGGAUCGAGCAGUACGGCAGCAUGGAGGUCGUCAAUCACAAGACUGGAGAGCGAUGCAGCAUAACCUUCAAACCCUGUGGUCUCUUUGGCAAAGAGCUCCACAAAGUGGAGGGAUACAUUCUAGACAAAAGCAAGAAGAAGCUGUGUGCCAUCUACGGCAAGUGGACCGAGUGCUUAUACACAGUUGACCCCGCCACUUUUGACAGCCACAAAAAGUCAGACAAAAAAACUUUCGAGGAGAAAAAGCCAUCCAAACGGAGUAGUAUGGAUGAAGAAACCGAGGAAAUGCCUCCACCUGAGGCCGAGACGGUCCAGGUCAUCCCGGGAAGUGAGCUCAUCUGGAAGAUGACACCUCGGCCUGAUAACUCAGCCAAGGUCAGAGAGUUUGAAAUGAUGUUUUGUCUCUUUACACACCCCACUACUGUACUCUCUCCUUUGCAGUUUUAUGCCUUCUCAAAGUUUGCCAUGCAGCUGAACGAGCUCGUCAAUAGGGUGGAGGGCGUGCUGCCGUCCACGGAUAGUCGCCUCAGACCUGACAUACGUGCUAUGGAGAAUGGAGAUAUCGAUGUAGCCAGUGCAGAGAAGAAGCGACUGGAGGAAAAACAGAGGAUGGCCCGCAAGAAUCGCGGCAAGUCCACAGACGAUUGGAAAACGAGGUGGUUUCAGCAAGGACCCAACCCACACAACAAAGCUCAAGAUUGGCUCUACUUGAAAGGCUACUGGGACAGGGAGUAUACCCAGUUGCCUGACAUCUACUAGCAGGGUGGAAACACAGCUAAGACCCAUUUGUACUGACUUUUGAAAAUGUUUUAGAUGUUAAAAAGCAGCUGCAUUCUGGUUAACUUCCGUAUGAGCAUAAAAAGUCAUUUGUAAAAGUAGUUGUUUACCACUGACAUUUGUUUUGGAUCUUACUGUGUGUGCAUAGUUUUACUGUGUGUCGUUAUCAAAAUAUUUAGUAGUGCAAUCAUAGUAAGAUAAUGAAAGUGUGAUUGGAUUAGAAUACUUUUCAUAUUUGUAUAGAGAGUGCACAUACAAGACUGUGACUCAAUGUAGCAUAUAUUUUUUACACAAAGUUCAGUAUGAUUGUAUCGUCCUAGCAAUAUAUGCAUUCAUUUGGCAGUAAAUGCAUGUGAAUCACUAACUAUGCAAGUCUCACCACCACCUCCCACACCCUCCUCAUGUGAGUAGCUGCUAAGACUUUGUUUUCUCUAUUAUAAUCACUCUUUUAGAAUCUAAACUUUUCUAUUGUUAAAUAAAUGCUCAAUUAUAAUUGGUUUUGCUUGCUUGGAUUAAAAACUGCAUGAUGUAUCAUUUUA